AUGUCGAGCGAUGGGUUUCAAGUUGCUGGUCGAGAAAUUGAUGAUUUCAAGAGCGGGAAACUGAGCUUGUGCUUCUUCGAUAACCAUGCGGUAUCGCGCUCCAAAAUCUACACAUUGGUAGAAUCGAAUUCAUAUUAUGAAAUGUAUCAACACGUCCUGGAAGCUUUAAAGCUUUUCAAUGAUAAAAAUAAACUUCCGUUUUCGCGAUAUUUGAUCAGUGGAAAAACGGACGUUGCUCUUCCAGCAUAUCUUAGAAAUUCAUCGUCCAGGAACAGGGGAUUAUCACACAGCGAGUCAUCUUCGUCCCUAAACACCGUGUAUACAGAAUCCUCGGACUCGGCUGCUGAACAAGAACCUUUGCCGCCAAAGCAGAUAAGCGUUUUUGGUACUUCGUAUCCUGUGGAUCGACUCAAAUAUACGCUUGAUGGCGAUAAAGUGGCUGGAGGCUUGGAUGAUGCACAACGGAAUGCACUGUGCUAUGCGCUUACACAUGAACUUGCCCUAAUACAGGGUCCACCAGGAACAGGUCAGCCUGAAAGAUUCAUAAAUGUGGUCGGAGUCGAAAAUUUUACGAAUUUGGACUCAUAA